AUGAUGAGUCCCCUGCACCCUUCUCAAGACGGCGCCACCCAGUUUGCUGCUAACGGCUCAGCGCCUGAGGCUGCAGAAACAGCAGCAGCAGCAGCAGCAUCAACGCCAGCAGCAACAGAGGCAGCAGCGAGGCCCGAUGACGGUCAUGCACGUCCAAAGAAGGGAAAGGAUAACAAAGGCAGCAGCAACAACAACAGCAGCAGCAGCAACGGCAGCAGCAGCAAUGGCAACAGUAGUAACGGCAGCAGCAGCAACAGCAGCAGCAACACAAGCAACAUGACGCCCCCAGCCAACAUGUUUGAGGCUGCCGCUGAGAGAAUGGAGCAGCAGCAGCAGCAGCAGAAGCAGCAGCAAAAGCAGAAGCAGCAUCCGAAGCAGCAGCAGAGGAGAGGAAGCAGCGGCAGCACCAAAAGCAAACGAAGGGGUAGUUCGCAAGCAGACUUGUCGGUGGAGCAGCUGCAGCAGCAGCUGCAGCAGCAACGCGAGGCCUUUGCUGCAGCGCAGCAGCAGCAUGAGGAGCAGCUGCAGCUGCUGCAGGAGCGUGAGGAGAGACUCACAAGGCAGGCAACGGGGGCGCUGCAGCGUAUAAAGGCAUCGCAUGCGGAAGCGCUGAAGCAGCAGCAGCAGCAGCACGAGCAGCAGAUUCAGGACCUUCAACAGGCACCCACUCACGAAGCAGCAGAAAGACAGCUGGAAGAGCUGCAGCAGCAGCACGCGAAGCUGCAGCGGCAGCACACUGCAGCUGAGGAUGAGCUGAAGACCGCAGCUCAGAAGUGCGAGGCCUUGGCGGAGGAACUGCAGCAGCAGCAGCAGCAGCUGCAGCAGCAGCAGCAGCUACAGCAACAGCAAGAGAAGCAGCUGUUGGAGGCAAAAGACAACCUAAUGCGUGUGACAGAGCAGCACGAGGCCUCUGCUGCUGCUGCUGCUGCAGCACAGGAAGCGAAGCAGCAGAUGCACGAGCAGCUGGAGCUGCAGCUGAAGCAGCAGCAGCAGCAGCAGCAGGACAUGCAGACCCUUCAGCAGCAGCUGAAGCAGCAGCAAGAUGAGGCUGGAAGCCUCAAGCAGCAGCUUCAGCAACAACAGCAGCAGCUGCAGCAGCAGCAAAAACAGCACAACGAAGUUGUUGCCCAGAAACAGCAGCUGGAGGAGCAGCAGCAGCAGUUAGAGCAGCAGCUGAAACAGCAGCAAGAUGAGGUUGGAAGCCUGAAACAACAGUUGCAGCAGCAGCAGCUGCUGCAGCAACAGCAGCAGCAACAGCAUGAUAAUGUUGCUGCGCAGAAGCAGCAGCUGGAGCAGCAGCAGCUGCAGCUGAAAGAGCAGCUGCAGCAGCAGCAAGAUGAGGCGGAAGGCCUGAAGGAGCAGCUGCAGCAGCAACAGCAGCAGCAGCAAGAUGAAGUUGCUGGCCUCAAGCAGAAGCUGCAGCAGCAGCUGCAGCAGCAGCAGCAGGAGUUCGAGCAGGAGCUGAAGCAGCAGCAGGAAGAAACUGAAAGCCUCAAGCAGCAACUGCAGCAACAGCAGCAGCAGCAGCAAGGCCAAGUAGCUGGCCUCAAGCAGCAACUGCAGCAGCAGCAGCAGCUGGAGCAGCAACAGAAGGCUGAGGCUGAAGGCCUUAAGAACCAGCUGCAGCAGCAGCAGCAACAGCAGCAGCAGUUGGAGCAGCAGCUGCAGCAGCAGCAGGAAGAAGCUGAAAGCCUCAAGCAGCUGCUGCAGCAACAGAAGCAGCAGCAGCAAGACCAGGUUGCAGAGCUCGAGCAGCAACUGCAGCAGCAGCAGCAACUGGAGCAGCAGCAGAAGGCUGAGGCUGAAGGUCUUAAGCAGCAACUGCAGCAACAGCAGCAACAGCAGCAGCAGUUGGAGCAACAGCUGAAACAGCAGCAAGAUGAGGUUGAAAACUUCAAGCAGCAGCUGCAGCAGCAGCAGAAGCAACAGCAAGAGCAGGUUGCACAACUCGAGCAGCAACAGCAGCAGCAACAGCAGCUGAAGCAGCAGCUUAGGCAGCAGCAAGAUGAGGCUGAAGGUCUUAAGCAGCAACUGCAGCAACAGCAGCAGAAGCAAAAAGAGGAAGUUGCUGGCCUUAAGCAGCAGCUGCAGCAGCAGCAGAAACUGGAGCAGCAGCUAAAACAACAGAAGGGUGAGGCUGAAGGUCUUAAGAAGCAACUGCAGCAGCAGCAGAAGCAGCAAGCUGAAGCGGAAGGCCUUAAGCAGCAGCUGGACGAGCUCUCACAAAAGCUGCUGCAGCAGCAGGAGGAGUUGAAAAAGAGCAGCAGCGCAGCAGCAGCAGAAGCUGCAGCAGCAACGCAGAAGCGAAUUGCAAGCCUUGAGAGCGACCUGGAACAAGCUCGUGCAGCUGCAAAUGCAGCGAGCGCAGAGCGGCACAAGUUGCAGCAGCAGCUGCAGCAGCUGCAGCAGCAGCGCAAGCAGGAGCAACAAAAGGCAGGGGAGGGCGGCACUGGGGGUGAGUGCGCCCCUAGGAAAAAGCCCCAGAGGCAGCAGGCAGCAGCAACUGCAGCAGCAACUGCAGCAAAGGCCAGCAGCGGGCAUCCUGCGAAUCGGGUGGAUGCUCCUUUGAGGUAUUCGGAACUGAGAGGCUUUGGCUAG